CAAAUCCACACAAAUUCCCAUGCUUCGAUGCUCUCUAAUCCGUCGUCCGUCUCUACGUCUGCUCUCACGCUCGCUGCGAUUCAGGAGGAGGGAGAGGAGGAGUCCUUGUUCUCACUCGAUGCGUUGAUAACAGCCUUGAUCGAACCUGUGCCAUUCGGUGUUGAUGGGGAGAUGGACAAGGAUGAUGAACUUCCAGAGAAUAUUGUUAGGUGAGUCCGAUCCCUAUCCCACUUUUCCUUCCCUUCUUCCUUCCUUUCACUCCCGUAUUGGAUUGUUGAUGCUGGGAUGGACCUAGGAUUUUGUACACGUUCGCA